GGUCCAAGCUUUGUUCAUGUAAGCAUUCCCAUAGCUUAGCCACGUAUCGACCCCUCCCAGGGCAGCCCGCCUCCCUAUAAAAGCCAGCGGUGAACAGUGAAGUGUUGGGGUUUGUGCAAACUUCCACCUGAGGGGACUAUUACCGUCAGCCUGGGUCAAGGACCACCGCCGGCACAAGCAGCCAGCAGCCACAGCAAGAAGCAACACCACCCCAAGAAGAAAAAUGCCUCCCUUCGAGAAAUCUAUGGAGCUGAUGUCUUUCAAGCAAAGAAAAUGCCUUGCAACAAGAAAACAUGAAGUGUGCAGUAUUCGUACCAAAUUCCCAAACAAGUUACCCGUGAUCGUAGAGCGUUACCUCCGUGAGAAAACCCUUCCCCUAUUGGACAAGACCAAAUUCCUGGUUCCAUUCGAGCUGACCUUGGGUCAGUUCCUCUGUCUACUCAGGAGUAAGAUUGACCUGGAGUCCACCCAGGCUCUGUACCUGUUGGUGUCAGAGAGGAGCAUGUCCUGCAUGUCGUCCAGUAUGGGAGACGUCUACUCCCAGUACAGCGACCCGGAUGGCUUCCUUUACAUCACCUAUGCCUCACAGGACAUGUUCGGAGGGGACGUGGARGCUACCCCUCCCUGCUGAGCCAAAACAAUGGGCUCCUUCUCAAUUUUCUGAAAGAUCUGUCUUCUCCUCGCUUCCUCUCUUUCACUGCACUGAUCUGGCAGAACUUGCCAGGUGAAAGCCAGUCCAAGUAAUGAUGAGCUUCCACCAUAUUGUUUUCACCUGURAAGUCUUUGACGAUGAAGUGACAGUGAACGGGAGGAAACGGGGAGAGGUUGGAUUUUCAAGCACUUGAGAUUGAGCUAUUCUCCCGUCCUUCUGUUCUCCCGCCCUUCUACCUCACAAAUGGACUGCGAAUCACAGUACUGCACCUUCGUCCUUCUCUUGGUUCAUUUCUGACCACUUCCAGCUCUGCCAGAGUUGACUGAGAUAAUUGGACUCUUUCAUUUAUCAAUGUAUUCAAUGAGAUUUAAGAGAUAGAAAGAAACCUCUAAUAACUCUUUAAUAAUUUAGUAAAAUAUCCGUAGAGAUCAUUGUCGUAACACCAGAGAGAAAUAGGUUGGCGAAGGAAGCCCUACAUUGUGGGUACUCACCCUGACAAGUGAAAUUCCUCCUGUUGGGAUGUUGUAUCACUUCCAGGAACCACCGAGGUCUGUUGGGUGCUCUGGGGUCUCCCCCAGGGGCCUAUAUCUCCUCUGUUACCUCCUCCGCCACUCAAAAUAAAUAUGUUGAAACUGAGGAAAAUAAGGUCAAUGGGAAGAUCUCAAUUGCAUACUCCUCACGUUCUCUCUCCUCGUCUCCUUCUCAAAACCCAUUGGAGGAGAAGGCCAGAGGGGAGGGACCUCGAGCUUUCAAAUCGAAUGGGUUUUGAGAUGGAGAUGAGAGAGGACGCGAGGAGUCUGCUGGUCUUACUUCUUAGCACUUUAAGCUCUCCUUUCUGUCUUCCUCAUGAAACAUAAUUUCCACAAAAUGUGAAUUUGUGACCUUCAGGCACAGUGUUAUUACACACAAUGUUACAAGUCAGACAAAGUGUUACGCAUGUUAUUUGGACUGUUUACACUCAAUGAAGACUUAGAUAUGUUCAUGUUGUAUAUCUAACAAUGCCGUGCUCUGUAAAAUCAAAUGUAAUCGAAAUUCCCAAAUAAACUCCCUGUCCUUUUAAUGUA